AUGAACAUCCUACGCGCCUCCCGCCUCGCCCGGCUCACCCUUAUCCCAAAGUCUUACUCAACAACCACAACCACCACUCCCCCUAUGCUCCUCAAAAUCCGCAAAGACCUCAAAACCGCCAUGCAGCAAAAGGACACGCCGCGUCUGACGGUCCUCCGCGCGCUCCUCGCCUCCACGCUCAACGCGUCCAAGACGUCCGCCCCCAUAAACACAGACAUGCAGAUGCUCGCGCUGCUCCGCAAGAACCUCGCCGCGUCGCAGGCUGCGCAGAGGGAGUUCGAAGGGGCCGGACGCGCGGAUCUGGUGGAGAAAGAGGGGGCGCAGAUUCAGGUGAUGGAGGAGUAUGUGGGGGGUGUGGAGGUGGUGGGGGAGGAGGAGGUGAGAGGGGUUGUUGGGGAGGUGGUGAGGGGGUUAGGGGAGGGGGCGAAGAUGGGGGAGGUGAUGAAGGGGGUGGGUGAGAGGUUGGAGGGGAGGAAUUGGGAUAAGGGGGUUGUGGCGGGGGUUGUGAGGGAGGUUUUGGGCGGGAAGUGA